GAAACAGAUAUUAGACCAGCAACGAAAUGGCCGGGAGCUCAAAGCCUGUUUAUGGCAUAACUAAACGGAAGAAGAUCUGAAGUCCUCAAGAAGCUAUUAUUUUCCUUCUAGGUUCGAUAACUUACAUCUUAUUGUUCAUUCCAAUCUGCUAUUACACCAUGCAGAUGCCUGAGUACGACACUGAAAGUUUGGAGUACAGAAGAUUUUUCGCUAGGGACAAUCACUUCACAACCAUAAUCCAUACAGGGAAAUUUCUACUCUGGAUAAUAAUGGUAGUCACAGGAUUUGCUUUUGUAAAUCUAGUGAACCUUCUCAAUCAGAGGAAGAAUCCUUUCAAAGGAAGAGAUGCUACAUAUCGGGAUUUCUUCAUUUUGAUCCUAGCUUCAAUCAUUCUGUACUUCUUUACUCCCCAUAUUUCGUUAAGAGCACCCCAUGAUAUGCAAAGAGACUUGAACUUCUCAAAAAUCUUUCGGGAAAACCUUGCAGAGGAGAAUAAGUAUCCUGGAUGUAAAGGCAAUAUCGGGUGUAUUGAGCCGUUUCCUGUUUUGCCACCCAUGCCUUCGAUUCUAAGAUUCUUGAUUAGGGAAUUUGCAUUUGCCUUCUCAGUAGUUGGAUUCCCAGUAAGCUCCAACUGUUGAUAUGUCUACACAGAGUAUGAAGUCGUGUUUCAUAAUAUGUUAUUUGUUGUCUUCUUCACAGUUGGGCUAAAUUACACUCAUCUUGAUUUUCCUCCUUUCAGUCAAUGGGGAUUCACAAUGGAGAAAAUGAGAAAAUUCAAUUGCAUAGGGUGGCUAAUGACAUUCAUUUUUGCUGCAGUUUUAUUACUAAAUGGAUACUAUGUGUAUCAUGUAUAUUCCUUCUCAAAAUCGCAAGGAAAAUAUCAUAUCCUAACAGCGCUGUUGCUCGGUUAUGGAAUCCUCCGAACUUUCCUGUUACGUAAGACACACUACAUUCAUUUCCAUCACUGGACUUGUGGAGUAGUUGGUCUCCUCUACUUCGGAUUCCAAAACAAUUAUUUCUGCAUCCUCGGAGGUAUCAGCGCAGGUGUUAUGGUAGAAGGAGCAUCAAGAUGGGGCUUCAUGCCUGUCUGGAAAAGCCACGACUGGAUUACUCCCAAGCCUAAAACCGAAUAAGAAAUUUUCAAUCUUGCUCAA